CGGCCCCGGUAGUUCCGGUGCGGCGCGGCCCCGCCCCUGGCGCCGCGGAGCCGAGCGGAGCCGAGCGGAGCCGAACCGGGCCCCGGGCGCCGCACGCAGCCAUGGCCCAGCCCGCUGGGCCCGCCGCUGCCUGCCGAGCUCAGGGAGGCGCCGGGCGGCAGCCCUACAGCAACGGUCCUGUUCAAAAUCAAAUGAUGCAUCCUUCGGAUGCCCAGGGAUACAACCCUGCAGUUCCAGGAUCGUACUCCCAUCCGAAGGUUCCUCCGCCUCAGCCUUCUGGACAGUACAACUACAGCGGCUCCCAGAAUGUUUCCCAGUUCAACAGUUACCAAGGGCCUGGGCAGACUCUCAACAGACCACCAGUGGCACCUCUCUCUGGGUCACCAGUGCAGCAACCAGGUCCCGUACCUCAAGUGCCGCCGCCUGCGUUGCAAAACUCAGCUGCUAUAUCAUCUGCUGGUAGCUUUCCUCCCGGAGCUGGCCCCCCGAUGCUUUCAAACUGGCACUACAGCCAGAGCGCUGUGAGUCACCCGGCCGGGACGCCAACAAGCCACUUGGCUCACGGGACGGGGACAGGGUCAGCUCAGCCAUCGCCCUCGUUAUCAGGAAAUACAAAUCCUCCAGGAAGUUAUCAGUAUGCUGCUUCUCCAGGAGGGCCCUUGCUUCAGAACAGCUUUAUGAAGCCAGGAUCUGCACCUCCACCAGUGACUCAGCCUUUAACUCCUCUCCACCCUCCCGCAAGGCCACCUUUAGGACCCCCACCGGUUGGUGGUCCACCUUUAAUUACGCCAUCGACGCUGACAGCGGGACCCCCUAAUACACAGUCUCUGCUAAAUUCAGCUGCGAAUCAAGAAGGUGAUGCUACAUCUGCUGCUAGCGAUGGGUCCGCGGUCCAAAAUAGCUACGAUGCAAUAGAAGGAGGUGGCCUCAUGGCAACCCCACAUCCUUCUCCUGCACCCCCGAAUCUUAAGAUGAACAGAAAUGUUGGCUAUUCUUACCCUGCCUUGCCACCAGGCUACCAAAAUACUUCACCACCUGGAGCACCAGGAAUGCAAGCAUCUGCUUUGCAAUAUCCAGAUGGAUCAAAACAUUUCCACCAGCCUCCCCUAGGCACUAAUCACUUAACUGCAUCUAUGGGUUCCCUGAGCCUCCAGCAAGAAGGAUUAAGACCCGUGAAUCUUCUUCAAGAAAGAAAUAUUCUUCCUACAACCAUCUUAAAGGCUCCUGUCCCAAACUUGCAUGAAGACAUCCAGAAGCUCAAUUGUAAUCCAGAGUUGUUCCGCUGUACCCUGACCAACAUUCCUCAAACUCAGGCCUUAUUGAAUAAAGCCAAACUUCCUUUGGGGCUCCUGCUUCAUCCUUUCAAAGACUUAUCGCAAUUGCCAGUGGUCACUUCAAGUACUAUUGUGAGAUGUCGUUCCUGCCGGACGUAUAUUAACCCUUUCGUCAGCUUUUUAGACCAAAGGAGAUGGAAAUGCAAUUUGUGCUAUAGAGUGAACGAUGUUCCUGAAGAAUUCAUGUAUAACCCUGUGACAAGAGUUUAUGGAGAACCUCAUAAAAGACCUGAAGUCCAGAAUGCUACUAUUGAGUUUAUGGCUCCAUCUGAAUACAUGCUACGUCCACCUCAGCCACCUGUGUACCUCUUUGUAUUUGAUGUCUCUCAUAAUGCAAUAGAGACAGGAUACUUGAAUACAGUCUGCCAGACCUUGUUAGACAAUCUUGACUUGCUUCCCGGGAAUACUAGAACAAAAAUAGGCUUCAUCACAUUUGACAGCACAAUCCAUUUCUACAGUCUUCAGGAAGGUCUCUCUCAGCCUCAGAUGCUCAUAGUUUCAGAUAUUGAAGAUGUAUUUAUACCAAUGCCAGAGAACUUAUUAGUAAAUUUAAAUGAAAAUAAAGAGCUUAUUCAGGAUCUACUGAGGACCUUGCCACAAAUGUUUACCAAGUCGCUGGAAACUCAGAGUGCUCUCGGGCCUGCGUUACAGGCAGCCUUCAAACUGAUGUCCCCCACUGGAGGCAGAAUCUCUGUCUUCCAGACACAGCUUCCAUCUGUGGGAAUGGGAGCGCUGAAAUCGCGAGAAGAACCGAACCAAAGAGCAACUGCAAAGGACAUACAUCUGACUCCAUCAACUGACUUUUACAAGAAGUUAGCCUUGGACUGCUCAGGACAACAGGUUGCAGUGGAUUUAUUUCUUCUUAGUGGUCAAUAUUCUGACUUAGCUUCUCUAGGUUGUAUAUCAAGAUAUUCGGCAGGUAGUGUCUAUUACUACCAAUCUUACCAUCAUAAACACAACCCUGUCCAGGUGGAGAAAUUGCAAAAGGAGUUAAAGCGAUAUUUAACUAGAAAAAUUGGAUUUGAGGCUGUCAUGAGGAUAAGAUGCACCAAAGGUCUUUCCAUUCAUACCUUCCAUGGGAACUUCUUCGUAAGAUCUACAGACUUGUUGUCAUUACCCAAUGUAAACCCAGAUGCAGGAUAUGCCGUGCAAAUGUCAGUAGAAGAGAGCCUUACUGAUAUGCAGGUUGUUUCUUUUCAGUCAGCCCUUCUGUACACGUCUAGUAAAGGCGAAAGAAGAAUUCGUGUCCACACGAUGUGCUUACCUGUUGUAACAACACUGAGUGAUGUGUAUGCGGGGGCAGAUGUACAAGCUAUCACAGGGCUGUUAGCCAAUAUGGCUGUGGACCGAUCAGUUUCUGCUACCUUGAGUGAUGCUCGAGAUGCUUUGGUCAAUGCAGUGAUAGACUCUUUAUCUGCUUACCGUUCGUCAGUCCUAAGCAUUCAACAGCCUGGUCUAAUGGCCCCCAGUUCGCUACGGCUCUUCCCACUUUAUGUACUGGCACUCUUAAAACAGAAAGCAUUUCAAACUGGGACGAACGCACGUUUAGAUGAACGCAUUUUUACCAUGUGUCAGGUGAAAAACCAGCCCCUCGUUUACCUCAUGCUUAUGACACAUCCCAGUUUGUACAGAGUUGAUAAUCUCACAGAUGAGGGAGCUCUUAACAUAAAUGACAGAACUAUACCUCAGCCACCCAUUCUCCAGCUGUCAGUGGAGAAGUUGAGUAGGGAUGGUGCCUAUCUUAUGGAUGCCGGCUCUGUAAUGUUUCUGUGGAUUGGGAAGAACUGUGGGCAGGGCUUUAUCAGUCAAGUCCUUGGAGUUCCAAAUUAUGGCUCAAUACCACAGAACAUGACACAUCUGCCGGAGCUUGAAACUGCAGAAUCCAUCAGAACGAUAGCUUUCAUUUCUUGGCUGAGAGAACAGAGACCUUUCUUUCCUAUCCUAUAUAUAAUAAAGGAUGACAGCCCAUUGAAAUCGAGUUUUCUGCAAAAUAUGAUUGAAGACAGAACAGAAUCAGCCUUAUCAUACUAUGAGUUCCUCCUUCAUAUACAGCAGCAAGUGAAUAAAUGAAACGCUAGCCUUUGGCUCACUUCUUUAAGGAAAGAUUUUGCAGUAAAGAACACUUGUGCUUAUAAUAUCCUCAUUAAAUCUGUGGCCUGAGGCAGUCGAUGAGUUCUCACUGUGAUUUCAACGAACUAAAGCAAAUAAAGGACCACAUCUGAGAAUCAAACGUGCAACUAUACAUUACACCUUAAAAAUCAAACUAUUGGAACUGGUUGAGCACCUUUAUUUUGCUGCAAAUCAUGUUUUUACUGUAAGUAGUUGCAGCAUGAAGUACAUUUACAAAGGCAAUACUGAAAAGGUGAAAUACAUUUUGUAAAAUAAAGAGUUCUUUGUUGUUCAAAAUGUAUAUUUCCGUAACUCUUUGCUUUUUUUUUUUUUUGCUGCUAAAUAUAAAAACCUCACAAUACUGAUCAUGAUUUGCAGGGAAAUUCUUUGUAAGUGCAUCCAGUGAUCAGAGCAUCUCAAUGUUCAAGUUAAAAAUGCUUAAAGUAGCAAUGAAACAACUGUUCAUUGUGAAACGAACAAAUAUUUUAUGAAACGUAGAAUCCAGUGUUUGGAAUGGAUUAUGGCUAAUAGGACUCAAGGUAAGCUUAACAUGGACAAAAUGGCUUAAUAUUUGAGAGCUUUUAAUAAGUCAGUAUUCACUUUUUU